AUGUCAGGAGCAGAAGAUGCAGUAGGCGACCAGGAUGCGCCUCUCCUGACUUUCAGCGGUGAUUUCUUUGGGCAGGACUAUGCUCCGAGCGAUUUUGGGACAGAGCCAGGCAUGGAUGUCGAUGAGAGCGGAGACCGUCCAGAAAACCAACGGGAAUCUCGUGAUCCGCUGGACUGUGAGUCUGAGGAUGAAGGAGAGUCAGAUGGAGACGAUGAAGCCGAGACUGACCUGGGAACAAGGUGGGAACCGGUUCCGCCUCAGGUGCUCCCAGAGGCAGACGAUUGGGAGGAAGACGCCAUGGCUGCUGUGGAGGAGGAAGCGGGCGGAGCUAGAGCCGAGCGCGUGGUUGCGGAAGAUGGACUACGCAAGAAACCUGUGGUUGAGAAGUUCACGCUGGGAUCAGCAGGGCGACCAAUCCAGGACGACGCACCAACAAACCUGUAUAGUCACUAUAUGGAUGGCCCAGGGGCGGGAGCCUCGGAGACGAACCCAUGGGCACCAUUUGCAUCGAAGCUGGACUGGGAGGUAGGACGUUGGGCAAAGCUGCGUGGGCCGAGCUCGACAGCUCUUACUGAACUACUUCAAAUCGAAGGUGUCCGGGAUUCACUGGGAUUAUCAUAUAAAGAUGCCGACUCCUUAAAUAAGAUUGUUGAUGCCUUACCUGGGCGUCCUAAGUUUCGACGAGAGGAGGUCAUCGUAGCGGAAGAAGCCUUUGAAGUCUAUCAUCGUGAUGUACUGGAGUGUAUACAGGCACUCUACGGUGAUCCUGAGUUCGCGGCGGACUUGAUCUUUGCGCCAGAGAGGCACUACUCCGAUCCAGACAUGACGAUCCGGAUGUAUUCGGAUAUGCACACUGGUAAAUGGUGGUGGGCGACGCAGGUAAGCCAGGAAGCACUACUACAUGUGACGUCUGUGAGCGGAUGA